GUAAAGUUUUGAUUAUUUUAUUUUUAUGAUUUCGAUUCCGAAACUGGCAUUGUUGCAUCAUACAACAACAACCGUUAUCCAAAAUGGCUGAUAUUAUUCCUAGUAGACAUGAAAAAAGCCUAGGAUUAUUGACUACAAAAUUUGUAUCGUUAUUGCAAGAAGCUAAAGAUGGUGUCUUAGACCUCAAAGUAGCUGCAGAUACCCUAGCAGUGCGACAGAAAAGGAGAAUAUAUGAUAUAACCAAUGUCUUAGAAGGUAUUGGCUUAAUUGAGAAAAAAUCAAAAAACAGCAUACAAUGGAAGGGUGCUGGUCCCGGUUGCAAUACAAGAGAAAUAUCGGAUCGUCUCAUUGUCCUGAAGAAGGAGCUGGAGUAUCUUGAACAAAAAGAGAAAGAAUUAGAACAACAUGAACAGUGGAUGAUUCAGAGCAUAUCUAAUAUCAGAGAUGAGCCAGAAAAUAAUGAGCUUUCUUAUGUUUUAUAUGAAGAUAUAUGCAAUGCAUAUGAAGGUGACACUAUGAUAGCAGUGGAGUGCCCAGUUGGAACUGAACUUUCAGUCCAAAAUGUUGAAGUUGUUGAUGGACCUAUACCACAAAACAAAUACCAAUUGAAUAUGUCAUCAUCAUCAGGUCCAAUAAAUGUGUUGCUUGUUAAUAGAGAUUCAGCUCAAAUGCCUCCCAAGGAAAUUAUAAAAGAGCCUCCUGUAGUUCAAGAACACUCUGAAUUACCUAAACCAGCUGAGCCCGUACAAAUUGUUCCAACACCACCUCCGCCAGAACCAAAGAAAGAAACAGUACAACCUAAAGCACCCAGUCCCCCUAGAACAUACAGUCGCCAAACCAGACAAGCUUCCAUAGGGGUCAAACGAACUAUAGCAGCAGUUAUUGGAAACCGGUCCCUUCAAAGAAAGAAAGAACUUGAAGCAGCUGCUGAACAAGAGAGCAAUGCUUUAAAUUCAAAUCGAAUGGCCACACGGCAGUCUCCUCGUAAAGGUCCACCACAACCAUUACCUUCUUUAAGUCCAGUUACGCGGCGUCAAAAAGUGAACCCCAAACCAGAAAAUAUUGAAACCAAUUCAGCUGCUACAUCACAAGCUAGUUCCACCAAUGACCCAAAUCUAGAUAACCUUGAUAACUUACUCGACAUUUCAAGUGAUCUUCUGUUUAACCCACUUUAUGAUGAUAAAAUAGAAGAACAAUUUUUAGAGGAGCUGAUAGCAAAAGAGACAUUCUCUCCUCUCACAAGACUGAGCCCACCCCCUGGAGCUCGAGAUUACUUUUUCAAUCUUGAUGAUACAGAAGGGAUGUUUGAUCUCUUUGAUAUACAACUUCGUACUUACAAUACUUAAAUGAAUAUUUUCCCUGUACAGAAAUGAAAAUGUAUAUUUUGUUAUUUUAUAGUGUAUAUAUCUAAUGUCAAUUUUUUUUUUUUUUUUGUAAUCUGUUUUAAAAUUCAUUAUUAUUUAAAACAUUAUCAUUAGGCAUAUUUUUGCAAUUUUUUUUUCAAAGUCUUAAUUUAUCCAAAAUUCUAAUUAGGUUAAGCUUUUACAGUUAAACAUUCAAACCUUGAGAGAUAUUUGUACAAAAAAAAAGAAAAAUAAUAUGAAUUGUAUUGUUUACUUUUCCAGCAUUUUGAUUUUAUCGAUUAUAUCCCUGAGAUUAUACUCUUUUUGUCUUAUCUCUGAAUCAGACGACUGUAUUAAAAUUAAAUAUUUAAAAAUUGUUAUAUUAGCAAUAAGGAAUUGUAUUUUUAAUGCAUAUAUUUAUAACACUGUAUAAUUGGAGUUGUGUUUCAACUUAUUAAUUUUAUUCAAUUAUUUUUGUAGGUUUUUAUCUAACAAUUUGAUUAACAAUGAAACUCAUUUUUUUUUUCAUUUUUAGUCAAUGUACUCAUUUGUUUAAUUGUCAUUUGUAAUUUAAUGCAUUUUAGUUUAUUAUAUUUCCAGUUUUAACCUUUAUAUAUUCUUGCGACUCAUUGAAACUAAUAUCUUUAUGUUUCUUUCAAUUUCUUCAUGAAGUAGAGCUUUAUUACAUUGUCAUGUUAUUCUUUAUAAGAUACAGU